UUUUAUCUCUUCUUGCUUGGCCCAAUCACUAUCUCUGUGCACUAGGAUACUUGUCUUUGCAUUAUAUAAAAUACUGAUAACAGCGCGGCUGCGAACAUGUCUUCAAACCAGGCAGAUGACAAGUCGAUGACGCAGAUAAAGAUGGACACGGCGAAGGAGAAGAAGGAAAUAGCAGAUCAGGCGUUCAAGGCAGGCGAGCUGAAGCAAGCGCUGAGAUCGUAUCAUGAGGCCCUUAUGUACCUCGUAGGCAUAGACAAAACAGCUUUACAGGGUCUGGGAAUGUCAUCGCCCACCGGGGGUUCUGGCGAAGCUGUAGAUGCAGCUGCCAGUGCAAAGCAGGAUCGGACAGAGAUAGAUGAAAUUAUCGAGAAGAUAUACGCUAACAUGGCUGCGUGCCAUUUAAAACAAGGGAACUGGAAAAGAGUUUUGGAAACUACUGAUAAGGCAUUAGCCAAAAAUGAGAAUAAUCAUAAAGCGAUGUUCCGCAAGGGAAAGGCUUUGGGUGAGCUGGGGUUCUUUGAGAAAGCCGAGAAGAUAUUGGAGGAACUGAAGAAAAAGAAUCCGUCUGAUGCAGCAAUGGUGGACGCUGAACUUACCCGCCUGCGCUCCGCUGACAAGGAACGACAAAAAGCGCACGAUCAAAAGCUCAGAGGUUUUCUGUCUCGAGAGAAGAAGCCAACGGCAUCGGCAGCCACAUGACAUGCGUUUCCUUUCAUUUACGGGUCGUGUGUUGUGUUGUGUGUUUGUAGGGAUACCCUAUGUCUUGUAUUUUUCUUGUCGCAUCUCCCCGGUUUUUACCCUUACUGAUCAUAUACUGCUUAUAUCAAAUAUUGCUAUCAUGCUACAACCGCUUCUCUCCACGUUCAACGCUUUAUACUCGCCCGAGCUUACAAGUUGUGCAUCUUAGUCUCAUUUCAUUUUCAUGUUGCGGUAUACGCGUGUAUACGAAAUUGGACAGUGUCACGACCGAUACUGGUUUAAUCAAACGUCAGAAGUGCUUUUCGCCUGCGUUUUUCCUCAGGGGGCUGGCCUGGUUUUAUGUCGUGAACGAUUACUUCCUCCCUACAUUAAAAACCCCCACAAUUUAUUCUUGGCAGGCCCUUGGAUGCUACGAGGGGUGAUUUUCUCCAAAUGUCGCUGGAGAACCUGAAAGUCGACACUACAGAAAAAGGCGUUGGUAACGAAUACGGCGGCGAAGUGGACGUUUUUUACUUCUAACAAGCUUCACUCUUGAAAUCCAGGGGUUUGCUGGACAUGACACUGGCUUCCUUCCAAGAUAUGCAUAUAUUUUGCCAGGUUAUUUGCACGACCGUCACCGCACUACUUUGGAUCAACUAGCUUUGUUUUGCAAGUCUCCUGUGCAUGCUCCCUGGACAAUCUCUAAAAUUCACGACAAUGGUCUGGGUAUUUAUGUUUCUGUACAUGAUGGUAUAGAAAAUAAGAUAUGAGCUUUGAACGUCU